AUGGCGGCCUAUUCUAACCCAUUUAAUGUCUGGCUGCUAUGUGGAGUAAAUGGCAGCUGCACAGAUCUGUCGCCGCUUGCUUUUCUUAGAGGAGGAGGCUGGGGGAAUGCCACCUUUUCGUGGAAUGUGUCUGCUCCUUUUGAGUCUUCGGUUUCUGUCUCAAUGCCUGGAAAAAAUACGUCUGUACCGUCGACACCUGUCUGCCUUUACCCCCCUUUUGUGUUUAUUUUAACUCAAAACUCAGUGCCAGACAAUCAACUUACUUGCACAAAUGUUUCCUGUUUUUAUGCUCAAUGUUGGGAUGCUGCUAACUUUAGCUUGGCUGUGGUUGCUCGAAUGCCUAGACCAGUUGAACUUUCAGAAGCUGAAUACCCACAAGUUGAAUAUCAAAGAAGAGAGCAAUUUUGGGACCCUAUACGGCUAGCUCUUUUCACAUUGGCAAUUGCGGCAAUCAUAGGAAUUGCAAUUGGAAUUGUUACUCAUUUUGUUGUUGAGGAUGAUAAGUCAUUCUAUUACCUUGCUUCUUUUAAAGUCACAAACAUCAAAUACAGAGAAAAUUAUGGUGUAAAAUCCUCAAGAGAGUUUAUAGAAAGGAGUCAUCAGAUUGAGAGAAUGAUGUCUAGGAUAUUUCGACGUUCUGGAGGGGGUCGAUUUAUCAAAUCUCAUGUUAUCAAAUUAAGUCCAGAUGAACAAGGUGUGAAUAUUCUUAUGGUGCUCAUGUUUCGAUACCCGUCUACUGAUAGUGCUGAACGAAUCAAGGAAAAAGUUGGAAAGAUUUUAUAUCAAAGUCUGAAGACCAGACAGUUACCUUUGACCAUAAGCAAACCAUCAUUUAGACUCACACCUAUUGACAGCAAAAGGAUGAGGAACCUUCUCAACAGUCGCUGUGGGAUAAGGAUGACAUUUUCAAACAUGCCAUUACCAGCAUCAUCUUCUACUGAAAGGAUUGUCCAUGGAAGAGAAACAGCUGUGGAAGGGGAGUGGCCAUGGCAGGCCAGCCUUCAGCUUAUAGGGGCAGGACAUCAGUGCGGAGCCAGUCUCAUCAGUAACACGUGGCUGCUCACAGCAGCUCACUGCUUCCGGAGAAAUAAAGACCCAAGUAAAUGGAUUGUCACUUUUGGUACAACUAUAACACCGCCUGCAGUGAAACGAAGUGUGGGGAAAAUUAUACUUCAUGAAAAUUACCAUAAAGAAACAAAUGAAAAUGACAUUGCCUUGGCUCAGCUCACAACCCGAGUUGAGUUUUCAAAUAUAGUCCAGAGAGUUUGCCUCCCAGAUUUGUCUAUCAGGUUGCCACCUAAAACAAGUGUAUUUGUCACAGGAUUUGGAUCCAUUGUAGAUGAUGGACCUACACAAAAUAAACUUCGUCAAGCCAGGGUGGAAACCAUAAGCACUGAUGUAUGUAACAGAAAGGAUGUGUAUGAUGGCCUGGUAACUUCAGGAAUGUUAUGUGCUGGAUUCAUGGAAGGAAAAGUAGAUGCAUGUAAGGGUGAUUCUGGUGGACCUCUGGUGUAUGAUAAUCAUGACAUCUGGUAUAUUGUUGGAAUAGUAAGUUGGGGACAAUCAUGUGCUCUUCCCAAAAAACCUGGGGUCUACACGAGAGUGGCCAAGUAUCGUGACUGGAUUGCCUCAAAGACUGGUAUCUAG